AUGGCAGGGAAUUACAUCGCUGUGAACGAGCCUUGGGUGCUGGAGUUUCUGCGACAUUGGACCCAUUUUCGAUUCCGCUUCCCUCCGGGCUUCAGCAGCGCUGACAAUGGAGCCCUGCACUUGGCGUUACUGGAGAUGUUGGAGUUGCCAGAGGCACUUUUGGUGCAACAGCUUUAUGCCAAUCUCACUGCCAGUGUGGAGGACCUUCGGCCUUACUGGCGCUUUAUUAAAGAGGCAACAAAAGCUCUUCGCGCGCGGAAUUUUCGUUUGGAUGGCACCAAAUUGGGUCGGCUGUGUCGCCCGGGCCGAAGCGCCUGCGUCUUGUCGGUGUGGCCGCGGAUGAACUUCUUCGUGGAUGAUGGCGUUUAUUUGGACAACCAUGGGAGUUCCAUUGGGCCGGUGAUGCACCAUGGAAUCAAAGACCAAAAGUGGAUGGUGAACUACUUCAAAGAUUUGGAUACAUGUCUGGUGAGUUCAUCUGCCUUAGUGUCGCCUGACAGGCUUGGUAGGAAGGCUCUAGGACUUGCACGAGGUUACAGUCACCUUUACGAGCAGGGUGCGUGCAAUCAAUGCACGCAAGAAUGCCUUAUGAAUUUCGCAUGUCGUCCCGAUGCUGAUGGGUGACGGUGUUAGUCGUGGAGCACAGUGGCUGGACCUGAAAACCAGGCCGUUUGUUUCUAGCUGAUUUUCAGCCGACAAAAGGGUUUCGCUGACUUCCUUUUCGAAGUCCCAUUCAUGAAUACGAUGACGUCCACACGUACUUGACAUCAUGCGUGCCCACAGCCGCAGAGGUGAGCGGUGCGCACAGUUAGUUCUUUGAGCACGGGUGGCUUUGUAAUCAACCAAGAAAGUUAAGUUUCCCCAAAAAUCUAGGGACCACAUCAUUAGUGCAAAGCCUGAGCUAUCCUGCGUCCAUAUGUAGUAGCUUAAGUAGCUAGGAGCGCAUUUCUCCCUUACUAAUUUAAGUAGGCGCCUACAGGCAAGGCCAGCC